AGAGAGAGAGAGAGAGAGAGCGAAAGAGGUGAUACUAAUAAAGAGAUUGAAACUUUCCUUGCGUGUCGUGAUUGACUAUUCUGCUGAAGUAAUCUGGAGAUGUCUGAAGGGUCAUAGUGGCGCCUAGGAAAUAAUGGUCUCCUGGGAUGGAUCUUGGCAGCUAUCCAAACACAAAAAGAAAUUGAGAGCUAAUGGUCUUUCUGCUUGAAGGUAUGGAGCACAGUCGAGGUUCAUCUAACAGAAUGAAAAUCACUGACUUUAGCAUGCAGGAGAAAAUGACAGAUCUGAAACUGAAAUCAGUGAAUUUGGGACCUUGAAUGAGAAAGAAAAUAUUUCUUUCUUUUCACUAAUCUUUAUCUGAAAUUAAAAUAACCAAUUCACACUUAUGAUCAUAAUGGAACUGCUGAUGCGGGCUGUUUCAAAAACUUUGGAGAAGAAAUGGACAUAUGGAGUUAUCUACUCAUUCAUGCAAAUACAUCUUAUCUGGGGUCUUCUAAAAGGAAGAUUUGAUGAAAGAAACGUCAUCUAUGCUACUCCUGGCAUGGAUGUGAACUUGACAUGUCAGCUUGAAAAGAAAAGCUUGUUGGUGCAAACACAAUGGUCCAAAAUCACCAAUAAUACAGAAAUAAUAGGUCUCUAUCACCCUUCGUAUGGUUAUAACUGUGGUGCUGGAACCUCCUGUGAAUCCUUAGUCUCCUUCACUGCAUUGUCACCAAAUGUUUCAGAAUGGACUUUGUACUUGAGAAAUGUGUCUUCUGCAUCGAGUGGGAAAUACGAAUGUAGCUUUACUUUGUUUCCAGAGGGCACUUUGACAAAGAUCCAGAAUCUCCUUGUACAGAAUGAAGUUGCACAAGAUGAGAAGGGUGGCAACUAUACAGUAGAAGCAUUAUUCAACCACAUACUGAAAAUUCCAUGUUUUCAAAACAUAUCCUCAGUCAUUUCAUCUGGGAUUACUGUUGCCUGGCUGAUGGAGAAAAAUGGAAAGCAAGAAACUCUUAUCCAAAACAGCACCUUUAUAAAGAACAGAAACAUCCUUCUUAAAGAUCAUGAACUCUAUCUGCCAUCAGUUGAAAUCUUUGAUGAUGACAGAAAGUUUUCCUGCCAUGUUAUAAUGCAAUCUGGCAAAAUCCUGAAGAAUGUCACCAGAAUUAAAGUUUUUGCUAAACCAGAAAUCUUUAUGAACAUGCAGAAUAGCUCCACUGAUACCUUGGAAGAGAAAAAUUUUAGCUGUUUGGUGAAGAAUAUAUUCCCCACGGCAAAUCUCUCAUGGUAUAUAGAUGGAGAGCUUCUUCAAAAUGAAAAAGAAGGCAUAUACACUACUAUUGGAAAGAGGAAAAGUGAUGAAGGCUUUUAUGAACUAACAUCUAACUUGAAGGUUCUGAAACCUAACCAGCCAAUUCUACCCAAUAAUCUGACAGUUUGGUGCAUGACUCUGUUUCCUGUCCCUGGAAAUGAAGUGUGGAAUAUCUCAUCCAGAAAAAUAGUUUUUUCCUUCAGUUAUACGAAUACUCCAACAGAUCCAUCCAAUAUCAUAUCUACCACCUCCAUCAUUGCACCUUCUCUCAGCAGCACAGGCAGGACAGCCCACCAUUUCAAUUCCAGUGUAACCACACAAAGAUAUGCAGACCAUAGCAAAAAGGAAACAGAAUCAACCCACCAAUUCAAUUCCACUGUAACUACACAGAGUUAUCCAGGCUAUAGCAUGAAGGAAACAGAACCAACCAGUCAGUUCAAUUCCAAUGUAACUAGACAGAGCUAUCCAGACCACAGCAAGAAGGGAACAGAAGCAAAUCUGGGAAUGUUCACUUUGAGCUAUAGCUCAAGACCUUCAGAAGUAGACACAACAUUGAAUGGUACUGUGUCUAACAUACCAAAGAGUCGAAUGCCUUGGCCAGUGGUUGUGGCAGGUUUGCUUUUUAUAUGCGUUUUCCUAUUUGGUCUUGGAAUAAGAAAGUGGUGUCAGUACUGGAAGGAAAUCACAGAAAGACCACCACCAUUCAAGCCUCCACCACCACCAAUCAAGUAUGUUUGUAUUGGAGAAUCAGUUGGAGGUGAUCUGCCCUGUCAUGAGAUGGAAACUCUCUAAUCUUUCCUCUUGGGAAUUUACUGAAUAACAGUACCUGUCCUCUAUCCUAUUGAGAAGAUAAGAGAUUUGGUGUUUUGCAUUAUUCUGGCCCAUCUGUCAAACUUACACCACUGCAAAAAUGGAUGUCAGAUGUGAAUCACCUCUUUAUACAGUUUCUAACUGUGCCAUCUGCAUAUAUCUCAAAUUGAAACAGGAUGCUUGGAAAUGUCUAUAGGAUCAACGGUACUCAUUCCAAACAUUAUGAUCUUCAGAGAUUUUAUUGGCUUAAUAAGAGAUACAAUUUAAAGGAUAUAUCCUUUCAGCUUCCUACUGCAGCUGAAAAAUGUUGACAUUUUUUCAUUUUAACUGUGAUUAAUAUGACAGCAAUGUUAUAAGCAUAUGGAGACCAAGCUCGACCCUCCUAGUUUUUCUGCCAGAAUUCUGAGCUAUUUACUCACACAAUAAUCAUCUUUGAAGUUUUUCUGGUUUGCUACAAAAACUGAAAAGGAAAAAAAAGUAGAAGCAAAAAUAUCUAGCAACAAGGCAGAAUAAUGAAGUGAGGAUGGUUUCCGCAACAGCAUUCCUAGUGGCUAUUUUCAUCCCCCCAAUUGACACAGGAUGCAAAGUCAUAAAAUAUCUUUUUUUCCCUUUCCUUCUUCUUGCCCCAUUUAUCCAAAUCUUUCUUUCUUCCUCCCUCUCUCCUUCCCUCCCUUCUUUCUUGUCUCCAUUCAUUCCUUCUUUUCUUUCUUUUUUCUUCCUUCCUCCCCUUCUCUUCUUUCAUUCUUUCUUUCUUGGUUUCUUUGUUCCUUCCUUUCUUCCUUCCUUCUUUCCUUCCUUCCUUCCUUCCUACCUUCCUUUCUUUUUUCCUUUCUUUCUUAACAUAGCAGACAGGCAAAAUAAAGCCUGCUUUGGGCUUUAGAAUUAUAUUGUCCUCAAAAUCCCCAAGCAAAGAAUAGCUUUCUACUUGUCCUUAGUGCCUCAAAACACUUAAUGACUAAAUUGUCGGGUUAGCAAAUAACCAGCCUUACCCAAAUCCAGUCCAUUACAUUUCACUCAUUCCAUUUUUAAAUCCAGAGACUUUCUGUUCAUUCCAUCCACUUGUUUUGACCUAUUAUGGAACAGGUCAAAGUACUGAAACAAAUUACCCUUAAGAAAUUAACUCUUCUUUCACCACUCUUUUACUUUAUAUCUAAACCAGAAUAUUGUAUAUCAAAGAUUGCACAGGAAAUGAAGAAGAAAGUCACUGAAGUUUGCUAUUGGUUUUCCUGGGUGAUGAUGAUCUUUUUCUCCCUCACCCCUCCCAAAAAGAGGAGGAGGAACAGAUGUCAGAGAUUCACCAAAUGGUUGGUAUUUCCUGUUCGGUCUGUGGUCUGAGAAGGAAUCUUUUAGCUAAUGAUCCAUCUUUACUCUUUAGAAUUCUUAGUGAGGUGCUUAUCUCUAUAAAAAGAAUAAAAGCUAUUAUUUUCUCCUUUAAUCAUUUCUUCUUCCUUUUCUGUUUUAAAACAGCAUCAAGGGUAGCUUGUUAAAAAUGCUCUUUGUGUAAAAGCAUUUGCAUGUAAUACAGAAAUUAUCACUGACACUGAGACUGGAUUAUGACUGAAUUGCAGAAAGGUCAUCAUGCUCUUUCCUUUUGCUUCCCUCCCUUCCACCUGCUUGCUUGUUCAUUCUCUCUCUCUCUCUUUCUCUUUGCCUUCUCUCUCUCUCUGUAUCCCUCCACUCAUUUUUCUUUUUUUCUUUUAAACUGUUGUCUGAAAGUGAGCAUACAGGUAAGGAAAAUACUGUAGUACAGUUGAGAUCUUAAUAUUUUUAUUCUUCCUGUAGCCAUUUCUUUCAAUGACAUUCCUCAGGGCUAUUAAAAUGUGGUUGAUUUUUACCAAGCAACAGAAGACCAUGGGGUUUUUCCACUGCAAAGUCUUUUUAGAUGAAAACAUGUUUUUCUUCAUUGUCUGUCCUUUGUGAUACCAACCCUAAGAUAUGCCAUGGAGCCUAUACACACACAUACACAUAUACACACACGCCUUUUUUUGUACAUAAAAAUGUCACCUAAAUAUGUCAGAAUGUCCACAACUUGCAAACAGAGCUCUUCCUAAAUAGAAUAAAUUCAUCAAUGACUUACAAAGCAAGAUAAGAGGAAAGAAGGGAAAAAGGGAAAGGAUGUGCCAUCUUUAGGAGUCUGCAGAAUAAAGCAUUUAGAGCUGAAAAUGACCUUCAAGAUCAUUAAGUCCACCCUCAUUAUUUGACAGAUGAGGACAGAAGAGGAAAUUGAGUCACAGGAAAAUCAAAUGGCUUAUCCAUGUCACCAGCUAAUAAAUAUUUUAAAUAGGAUUUUAAUUCAGGUUUUCCUGAGUGGGGGUUCAAUACCUUAUCCAUUAUCCCAAAAAAUAUGACGAUUCAACCUGAACCUGUGAGCUGUUCAGAAGUUUACACAACCUUUAAAGAAUGGCAACCAUACUCUUCCUAUCACAAAAGGAAUGGAUUCAUCCUAAAUCAUAAAAAAGAAAAUCAUUCAGAAUCCCUAUUUGUCUUUUUGUCAUAUCUUCCUUAACUGAACAAAGAUGUGAAGGAAUAUUUCAAUUUAUUCACUUGGGAAGAAGUUUUUUAAAAAUAGAUGUGCAUAACACAUAAUUGGCAAGUGCAUGACCUUUGACCCAACUGUUAGGCUUGUACCCAAAGGAAAUCAAAGAAAUGGGAAAAAGUCUUAUAAAUACAAAAUAUUUUUAUCAUCUCUUUUUGUGGUGACAAAAUCCUGGAAAGUAAGGGGUAUGUCAUUCAGUUGGAGAAUGACUGAAUAAAUUCUGGUAUUUCAAUAAGAUGGAAUACUAAUGUUCUAUAAAAAUUAAGAGAAUAGAUGAUUUCAAAGACACACAGAAUGACUUAUAUGAAGUGAUACAGAAUGAAUUAAAUAGGACUAGAAGAAAAAUUUACACUAACCAUUAAUAUAAUAAAAAUAAACAUUUGUAAAGACAUUUAUAGACUGACAAGGAAAUUAAAAUAGCCAAAAGAACAAGUUAUACAAUAACAACAAUUUAAAGAAAACAAUUUUGAAAGCUAUAAAACUAUGAUUAAUAAAAUAGCCACCCAUGAUUUCAAAGAAGUCAAUGAUAAAUAUUCUAUCUCUUGAUAGAGAUGUGAGAAAUUUGAAAUAAAAAGAUAUAUCUAGUUUGUAUACAUUCAACAAGAGAAUUUAUUUUGCUUGACAGUGGAUAUUUGUUAUAUGAAAUUUAUUUUUCUUUUCUUUAAUGGAGUAUUGAGGUAGAUGGGAGACAAAAUAAAUUCUGGUUUGUUUGUUUUUUUAAAUAGAGAAGUUAUUAUUCAUAUACAAAAAAAGAACUGAUAGAGGCUGAAUGCAGAUCAAAGUAUACUUUUUUAAGCUUUCUUUAUCUUUCUCAUUUUGUUUUUGUUUUUUUUUGAUCUGUACUUUCUUUCACAAGCUGAUAUGACUAAUGUGGAAAUACGUUUUACAUGAUCUCACAUGUAUAAUCUAAAUCAAAUCCUUUGCCCUCUCAAUGAAGGGGAGGGAGAGAAUUUUAAAUUCAAAAAUUUAAAAAGGAAAACAAAGAUUAAAGAUUGUUACUACAUGUAAUUGGUAUGUUAUUAUAUAUGUAUAUAUAUAUAUUUUUUUUCAAAAACAGAGGUGUAAAUCUGGUGCUAUGAAGUAUAACAUAUACUAACAGUUGUGGUCAUACCCUUAAACCAAUUGUACUUUCCUCUGGUUUCAAAAUUCCUAAUUAGGGGUCUGUUUAAGAGACUAGGAGAAAAUUAAUCCUAUAUCACUAGUAGGCAAUCAUGGACUAAAAAUGUACAAAUGUCAGGAAGUCCCAAGCAAUUCAUCUAGCUCUUGGAAAGUAACUUAAUUGUAUAUCUCAUGAUCCUACAAAUUUUUUAUUGAAAACUCAUGUCUUCUUUAUGUUUCAUUCAUGGUGGUCUUCCUUUAAAGAGAGAGAUGGUAGCCUAGUAAUUGUAUUAGCUAAUAGUCUCUAAUCUUGACUGGUUAGAAUCUCAUAUGUUUACCUUUAAAGGGAAGAAAGGAAUUUAAUAUUUGUACCUAGCAAAAUAUUUUAAAAUUGUAAAAAAAAAAAAAAAAUUGAGAUGUAACUCUGAGCAAUAACAGUUAAAAGUGAAAGUAAAAAGUUAAAAGUUUAUUAAAAUGAAUUUUUUCUAGAAUUUCUAAUAACAAAAUUAAAGAUGUUAUUUUUAUACCAUUGUAUAAAAAGUCUAUAUUACAAGUAAUUUGGAUUUUUGUAAAUAAAAUGCUAUGCACUCCUAA